CAUAAGUACAUUGUCGCUUCGGUUUUUUCAUUCGAUUCUCUACACACAACCCAUGCCCUUGCUAAAUAUAACAUGGCGUCGAUUGUGUCUGAUGUAAGACAUUCGGUGUUGCGGUUUAUUUAUCGCGUUUAACCGUAUGCAUAUUGUGAUAUUAACAUAUAAUUAAUUGUUUAAACUGUAAUGCAUUCGUGGACAAAUGUAUUUAUUGUGGAUUUUAUACAAAAAACCGUGCUAUUUGGCGAAAAAUUGAACCGGCGCUCUUGUUAUCUUCGUUGGUUUUCAAGUUUGAUGGACGGUGGAAGGAAAAAAAAAAGUUAAUUGUCUCGGACCGUUUGUUACCUUUAUACCUUUACCACUAUGUGUGUACAUUUUGUUCGGCAAAUAAAAUGUUUAUAAAUAAAAUUUAAAAGAAAAAGAAGAAAUAUUUGUAUUUUGUAAAUAUUCAAGUGGCACCUGUUUUUUUUUUAAACUAAAAUAUAAUGAAUGAAUGAAUGUGUAAUAAGCAUAAUUUUACAAGUGAUCCUAUUAUUAGUUCGUACUAUGGAAAAGGAAUAUUAUCUAAACGAGUGACGAGUGAGCAUACAAAUAAUGUUGUGAUGUUUUCAUCGUACAGUGUUUUUACAACGGUGGUUUUUAUGGAUGUCCACAAUGGAACUGUACUGUAGUAGUUAUUGUGGGUGCAUUCAAACUGAAACAAUUGAUGUGCUUUCGAAUUGUAUUUAUGCAUUAGACAUUACCAUAAACUUGAAUGAUAAACAGAAGCGAUCUCAAUACCAAAAUUCUAUCUAUCGGCUUAAGGAUACCAUAGUAAAUUGGAGCACAAUUACAUAAAUCAACACUUUGAAAUGAUAGGUGUAGGUAGACGUGGUGUGCCUCCUGGGGGUCCUUUAAGUUUGCCAUCCACACUGGAGGACCCAGGAGCAGGAUGGAAAGGCGGACCGCCAGGUCCAGAUAAUCAGGGAAAUCUUCCAGGAGGAUUCACACCUUCCGGUCCCAAUUCAUUUGGCGGACCAGUUGCAGUAUCAUUUCCAAACGCUGGACAAGGAAGUCCAGCCGGUAGUGGACAGCCAGUAAACCAGUACCAAGGGCCACCAACCGGCUCCAACACGCCACAAUACACAGCAUCGCCAGCCCCAUCGGGCUCAUCAACGCCUGGUCCUGGUCCUCCACCGAAUGUAAGUGGAGCUGGAUUUCCUCCGCCACCGAAUUCGGGUGGACCACCAUAUAAUGGUCCGGUUGCCGGCGGACCAUUCGGAUCACCAUCAGGCGGUCCACCGUUUAAUCGACCAAACAGUUCCGGACCGCCAGCCGGAUUCGGAGGACCACACUUUCCAUCGCCAGGCGGGCCUGGAGGUUUCGGAGGACCACAAUUUAACAUGCCGCCUGGAUCACCGUUUGGACAUGGUCCUGGACAUCCAAUGGGCCCAAUGGUUCCUGCUGGACAUCUUAUGGGCUCACAACCUGUUGAUCGCAUGGAACAAGGAGCCUUACCUAACGUACCUAGAAGACAUUCAUCGUAUUAUAAUAAUCAAAGUACUGAACAUAGGGUGCACGAAUUAAAUAAAAGGCUACAGCAACGAAACGAGGAAAGCGAUAAUUGUUGGUGGGACUCAUUUGCAACAGAAUUUUUUGAAGACGAUGCGACGUUAACGUUAACGUUUUGUUUAGAAGACGGCCCCAAAAGAUAUACUAUAGGUAGAACAUUAAUACCUCGGUACUUCCGGAGUAUAUUCGAAGGAGGUGUUACAGAACUGUACUUCCACAUGAAGCACAACAAGGAAUCGUUUCACAAUACAUCUGUCACAUUAGACUGUGAACAGUGCACAAUGGUAACACAUCACGGGAAGCCAAUGUUUACAAAAGUUUGUACAGAAGGACGAUUAAUAUUAGAAUUUAUAUAUGACGACUAUAUGAGGAUAAAAUCCUGGCAUAUGGCUGUGCGACAACAUAAGGAACUUAUUCCCAGAACGGUUAUUUUACACCAACAUUCACCUCAAAACGAUCCAAACAUUAUGGAACAAUUAUCGAAAAAUAUCACACGGCAGGGAAUAACAAAUUCAACACUAAAUUAUCUACGCCUGUGUGUCAUCUUAGAACCGAUGCAAGAAUUAAUGUCGCGGCACAAAGCUUAUGCACUGAGUCCCAGAGAUUGUUUGAAGACAACGUUAUUUCAGAAAUGGCAGCGCAUGAUUGCACCGACGUCGGAUGCGCAACGACCACCAAAUAAACGACGGAAAAGGAAAGGUUCAAAUUCAGGAGCAGCCAACAACGCACCACCAGUGACGAGUAAAAAACGUUCACCGGGACCAAAUUUUUCAUUAGCCUCGCAGGACGUGAUGGUGGUUGGUGAACCGUCUCUGAUGGGCGGUGAAUUCGGUGACGAAGAUGAACGUCUCAUAACCCGCUUAGAAAAUACCCAAUACGAUGCAGCUAAUUCAAUGGACCAUGACAAUCAUGGUUUCGGUCAUGCCGACUCACCGAUGACCGGCUCGAAUUCAUGGAAUGUCGAUCGAAGCGGAGGAGGACCACAAGGUAAUACACCGUCCAGUCAAGAUUCGGAGAAAAAAAGUCCGGCAGUAUCACAGUGACGGAUGUAACAAACAAUUUUAUAAAUUUUUCGUCCCCGUUCAGAAGAGAAAAAAAUUUAUAAAAUCGGACAAAAUCAUAACUCACACACAAAACCCUAAAAAAAAUUUAAUGAAAAUGAAAAUAAUAAAAUAAAAUGAGAAAUUGAAAAAUGUCAUGAUGAAAACUUCAUCUCUUUUCUAGCCAAGUUUUUCGAAAUGGACGAAAUGAAAAAAACUAAAAAAAAUCACAAAUGAAACACCACUGUUUUUUAUAAAACAAAAAAAAAAUGAAGCAAAGAAAAUUGCCCCCACCCCUCGAAACAAUUGAGGGGAAAAUGUUAGUGAAUAUUUUACAUCCUAAAAGAACAUUUUUACUGAACGAACAGUUUGUUUACCAUAAACAGUAUUGAUAAAAGUAAAAAAAAAAUUGAAAAAAAAAAAUGAAAAAAUCUUUAACUGUGAACAGUGAUUUUAGAAAUGAAAAAAAUGUUUUACUAGCAAUAUGAUUUUGUACACUACAUUUGCGCACUCUCGUCCGACUGAGUAUUUAUUCAAAUUAAAUAAAAAAUGAAAUUGAAGAAAAUAAAAAUUAAAAAAAAAAUCAAAUCCAAUAAAAACGAAUUGAAUUAAUCUUUUUAAAACCAUGAACACUAUGGAAAGUAAAACAAACCAACAAAAAACAUUUUGUGCUAAAUUAAAAAAAAAUGGUUAAGUGACAAACCCGUAAAAUUAUCGGCCGGAUAUAUUUUGAGACGGUUAACUUAAAAAA